AUGGCGCUUUCGGAACUUGAGAAACAGCGCCAGGAAAACAUCAAGCGGAACAAGGAGCUUUUGCGUAAGCUCCAGCUCGACUCGUUCACUGAUGACAUCACCAAGGAAGUGGCGAAAGCCGAACCGAAAAAGCGCAAGCCCACUACGGAACGCAAACCUCGCAAGCGAGAGGCGGACCAGCCCGUACGUAAACUGAGACGUUUGGCGGGGGUUAAGACAGAAAAUACUGAAGAGUAUGCUCGUCUUCAGGCGGAACAGGAGGAAGAAGAGCGUAAGCGGAAGGAGAUGGAGAGGCUUAAGCAAACAAGACUCUUUGGCGACUUUAAGCUCAUUGAUUUGAUCACUGACAAAAGGGGUAAAGUUAAAGACGAAGCUGACAUUGACGACGACGACCGCAAUCGCAUCCAGCAGGUAUUGGACCGGGUGGGUGACCGGAUUAGUUGCGGAGACUUUCACUCGGAAAUCAGGGACUGUAAAGUGCUUAGCGAUAAGGACUUAGAGGCUAAGCGUCGUGAGUUUGAUAAGCUCCACAUUUACCAGAAGUUUGACCCACUUUCGAUCAAAAUCACCCCUAAUCGGGUCCAUCUGAUUGCGUUUCACCCGCUGACCACCAACCGCUUGGUCAUUGCCGGCGACACUACGGGUUCUGUGGGUAUCUGGUCGGUCGACGACACUACUGAACGUCAAGGCAAAGGCGAUGUUGAAGAGGUGGAGCCGGCAAUCACCUUGUUCAAGCCCCACGGGAAACUGGUGCUGAAGAUUGUGGUGCUGGAGACGCACCCGCUGGAUGUGUACACGGCUUCCUACGACGGUCUGAUCCGCAAGUUCGAUUUGCACAAGCAGAAACUGGUGGAUGUGGCCUACGUAUACGACCCGUGGGAGGACAACGCUGAAGACUGGCCAUUAGGGGUGCUGGACAUCAACUGGUGCCACGAUAACCCUCACGUGCUCUACCUCACCACCCUUGAAGGCAACUUCUACCGGUUUGACACUCGAGAAGAGUUUAAGCUUGAAGCCAACCAGUUGUUGCGUUGUCAUGAUAAGAAGAUCGGGCUGUUUGCCGUGAACCCUCGUGUUGGCUACCAGAUCGCCACCGCGUCGUUAGACCGGCUGAUGAGAGUGUGGGAUCUCAGAAACGUCGGCCAGUGCCACUGGCUGGAGUUUGCUGAACAAAAGUCGCCUCACCUCUACGGUGGGUUCACCCUGAGGCUUCUGGUGCUGUGUGUUGACUGGAACCACGACAAUCGACUUGUGUUUAACGGCUACGACGAUAAGAUCCACCUCGCUCAUCUUGACGGCGCCAACGACUGGCUGAAGACCUAUACUAUCGGUAACGGCAACGCUAACCCGAAAACCGCUGAGGAUUUACCUUUGGACACUAUCAAACCCUACGAGACUAUCCGCCACAACUGUCAAACAGGACGCUGGGUGCUGAUUCUUAAGCUGAAAUGGCAACAACGCCCCGCUGACGGCGUGGAGAAGUUCAUUAUUGCCAAUAUGAACCGGGGGUUCGACAUCUACGACCAGCAAGGGCGCAUUCUCGCCCACCUCAACGAGGACGUCGGCGCCGUCCCCGCGGUGUGCACGAUGCACCCCACCCACAACUGGGCCGUUGGUGGCAGUGCCAACGGCAAGGCGUACUUUUUUGAGUGA